UUUUAAUCCCCUCCCUCCCCGCCCGGCGGCAGCAGCAGCAUCGGUGGCGGCUUCGGCCGGCUGGCUGUAACCGGUUUGGGUCGGGGAGAGGCUUCGUCGUCAGCAAGCGCCCGCCGCCUCACUUCUCUGCAGAAAGGAAGUGAGUGUUUCCCUCAGGGAGGGGAAGAGGAGCCAGGCUCUUCUCCUGCCGCCACCGCCGCCAUCAUAAAUCAACCAUCCCUCUUGAGGAGCCCUCACAGCCGCCAGGAUACGGAAAGCCAUUUUACAUCAUUCAGAAUGGCACCUUGUCAAGUUACCUUUGAAAUAAGAGGAGCAUCAGCACCAGGAGAAGUUUUUGCCAUAUGUGGAAGCUGCAGUGCGCUGGGAAACUGGAAUCCCCAAUGUGCAAUAAUCCUUCAGCCAGAGGAGGAGGCUGGUGAUGUUCUUCUAUGGAAAGCAACUGUUAAACUCCCUAAGGGAGCUGAAAUUGAAUAUCGAUAUUUUCAAGGCAUCUUUUUAGAGCCACAGACUAUCGAUGGUCCAUGCCAAGUCAUAAUUCACAAGUGGGAGACUCAUCAACCACCACGAUCAAUUACCCCAUUAGUGGAUAUCUCCAUCGAUGAUGGACACUUUGGAAUCUUUGAUGAUGUGGAGAGUAUUGAUUCUGGAUGGCUGACGUGCCAGACGGAAAUAAGACUACGGCUGCAUUUUUCUGAAAAAUCUCCUGUAUCGAUAACGAAGAAAAAAUUUAAAAAAUCUAGAUUUAGGGUGAAACUCACCCUUGAAGGCUUGGAGGAGGAGGGUGAAGAUGACGAGGAAGGUAGACUGUCACCUACCCUUCAUCAUAAAAUGGCAAACACAUUAGAGAUUUCGCUAAUAAGUGAUAAUGAAUUCAAGUCGCGGCAUUCUCAGCCAGAAUGUGGUUAUGGUUUGCAGCCCGACCGGUGGACAGAAUAUUCUAUACAGACUAUGGAACCAGACAAUUUGGAGUUGAUCUUUGACUUUUUUGAGGAAGAUCUUAGUGAAGCAGUGAUACAAGGAGAUGAAAUUCCAGGGCAUGUGGGCACAGCUUGUCUGUUAUCCUCCACUCUUGCAGAAGCAGGAAAGAGUUGCGGUAUUCUCACGCUUCCUAUUAUGAACAGAAUGUCACGAAAAACAAUAGGAAAAGUUAGAGUUGACUACUUAAUUGUCAAGCCAAUUCAGGGAUAUUCCUGUGAUAUGCAAGCUACAUUUGCUAAAUACUGGAGUGCAAGAAAAGGACUAGAUGUUGGACAUAGAGGUGCAGGAAAUUCUACAACCACCACCAAGCUUGCUAAACUUCGAGAGAACACUGUUGCUUCCUUAAAGAAUGCUGCUAAACAUGGAGCAGCCUUUGUGGAAUUUGAUGUACAUCUUUCUCGGGAUCAUGUCCCCAUUAUAUAUCAUGAUCUUACUUGUUGUAUUGCUAUGAAAAAGAGAGAUCAUACUGAUCCUUUGGAACUAUUUGAGAUUGCAGUUAAAGAGCUCACUUUUGCCCAGCUGCAGUUGCUAACGCUGGCACAUGUGACUGCAUUAAAAUCAAAAGGUAGUCAAGAUUCAUUUAAAGAAGAAGAAAAUGUUCCUUCUGACAUGCAACCAUUCCCUAGCCUACAAAAAGUAUUGGAAGCUAUUCCUGAAGAUGUUGGGUUUAACAUAGAAAUUAAAUGGAUCUGCCAGCAAAAGGAUGGUAUAUGGGAUGGAAAUCUUUCAACCUAUUUUGACAUGAAUCUCUACACAGACAUAAUUUUGAAAACUGUUCUGCUUAAGGCUGGAAAUAGGAGGAUUGUGUUUUCUUCAUUCGAUGCAGAUAUAUGCACAAUGGUGAGGCAUAAACAAAAUAAGUACCCCAUCUUGUUUCUAACUCAAGGAAAAAGUGAAACUUACCCAGAACUGAUGGAUCUCCGGUGCCGUACAACAGCUAUUGCCACAAGUUUUGCACUGUUUGAAAAUCUACUGGGAAUUAAUGCACAUACUGAAGAAUUGCUAAAGAGCCCGUUCUAUGUUGAUGCUGCCAUAUCUAAAGGCUUAGUUGUCUUUUGCUGGGGUGAUGAAGCAAACGAGCCAGAGAACAGGAGGAAAUUGAGGGAAUUGGGGGUUCAUGGUCUGGUGUAUGACAGGAUUUAUGACUGGAUGCCCGAACAACCAAAUAUAUUCCAGACAGAGCAGUUAGAACGGCUGAAGAAGGAGCUACCAGAACUGAAAAGCUGUGUUUGUCCCACUCUUAGCCACUUCAGCAGUCAAGGUCUGUGUAAAUGUGAUAGUGAUACCUUAAGACCAAGAAGGAUUGAAAGUUCAAGCAGUUAGUUUCUGGUGGACUCUUAAGUUGUAAGAAAUGCUGUUGUGCGUGUGUUCACUUGUUUCCACUGAAGAAUGCUAGUAACGCCUCACUGUUCUUGCAUCCAAAAUUAAGCAAUAACGCCUGGCCCACUGUAGGAUAUUCAAAGUCAUUGCUAGAUUAUCAGAUCCAGUUCAAAUGCUUGGCCAGUUGUAAUUACUCUGUUCUUGUCUGUAGCUGUUGUAUAUUCGGAGCUGACCACUUUCAGGUGGAAUCUGUGUACUGUAUGUAACAAACGCACCUAGUUUCUGCGCAGUCUGAAGUGCAAUACUUUCAAAAGUCGCUAGGGUGUAAAUUGCCAAAUAUCACUGUUUAAUUGAUUAGGUUCCAGCACCAGUGGAGCAAACUGUACUGUAUAAAAUCAUAUUUGGUCCGAUGAAAAGGUACCUCAAGUGCACAUGAUUGCACUGAUUCAUGCACUUGUACAGAUGCGUGCCAGGAUAUUGCAACAUCACAAUUAGUCUUUUCAUUUUUUAAAAAAAUAAUCCUGUUGCUGUCAAGCUGCCUUCUGUCUUGUGUAUAUUUUGCCAGAUACAAUGAUGAAUGGUGUAAUCUCUGUUUAGCAACCUACAGGUGAAUAGCACCCCUUCUCCUCCUUUUUUAGGAUCUGAAUUUUGCUGAAACUCAAAAUGUUGUAAAUCAGUAUAAGCCAAAUUGCAAGGGUCUGACUCUUAAGUUGAAAAAUUGUAUCAUUGUUGUUAAAUGUUAAAUGCACAAUACAAAAGCCAGUAAAUGCAUGACGCUCUGGAUGUCUCUGGCGGUUCUUGUUCCCUUGUGGUGCUACAUGGGACAGGGGUGGCAAGGACUGCCUGAAAAUGCUUCAAUCUUCGCUGAGAAACCACAAGCCUCUGUGUGUAGAUAUAGCUACAUGAGAUUUUGUCAUUUCAUUCUUUACUUCUAGCCACUAGCAAGUGCAUUUGAAAAAAAAAAGGUGAACUUCAUUUUCAGAAUGUAAUAGAAUCUCAGUUUGGCUAAUGUACGCUGUGUAUAAAUUAUUAAGGAAUUAUGAUGAGUAUUUUGUCUUGUAUGUACGUCUGCAUGUCAUUACCCGUACCUCUACAAUAGCAGGUAAUGAGACCGAACUCUGCAACUUUUUGCUAAAGUGUUAAAUGCGUAAUAAAAUAAUAAAAAAAUAUUUAUUUUUUCCUGCUAUGGCAAAUCAACCAUUGAAACAAUAGCGUGUAUGAUACAAAUCUUGUCACUGCUGUACAAAGCUGAUUCUAUAAAGGUUCAAUAAAUGCAAGUAUGUACAUGGUUUUGGGUCUGUACUACUAAGUUGUUUGGGGGGAAGUGGCCUGCUUCCUGUUGGUUUGUACUGAAAUUCCUUUUUCUCCACGAACAACACAAUCUUGAGAUGCCUGGGAACUGUCUUAUUUUAAAAAUAAAAUGCAUUUUAUAUCUAAA